AUGUCCUCCCUUCAGGCAAUCCGCUACCAGCGCGGCGAGUUGCUGGUUCUCGACCAACUACGACUCCCUCACGAAAACCACUACGAUCCCGUCACAACCUCGGAAGAGGCAUUCGACUGCAUCCGAUCUAUGCGUGUGCGUGGUGCACCUGCUAUUGCCAUAGUAGCUGCCCUCGGACAUGCCGUCGAACUUCACAACGGCGCCCUCGCGGCCUCUGCUGGUCCCUUUGAUACCAUUUCUUACAUCGACUCGAGACUAGACUACCUGUACGAGUCUCGUCCUACAGCAGUAGAUCUGGGAAACGCCAUCACGCACCUCAAGAAAGUCAUUCGGGAAGCUGAGCUCGACCGCUCCAAGAUUGUACAGGCAUACAUUGAGGCGGCCGAAGAGAUCUUCCGCAAGGACACAGAAACCAACAGAUCCAUCGGUGCCCAUGGCGCUUCAUGGCUCCUAGAGAAUGCGCAAGUCGCAACAUUGGAGGAGAAAGUCUCGGUUCUCACCCACUGCAACACUGGCUCUCUGGCCACUUCGGGCCACGGCACUGCCCUGGGUAUAAUUCGCUCUCUUCAUGAGCAGGACAAGCUGGUCCACGCCUUCUGCACAGAGACCAGGCCUUAUAAUCAGGGAAGCCGACUCACAGCCUUUGAGCUGGUCUAUGAAAACAUCCCUUCGACACUCAUCACAGACUCCAUGGCAGGUGCUCUGUUCAGCACACGAAAGCAACAAGACCACAUUGCAGCAGUAAUCGUUGGCGCUGACCGCGUGGUCCGUAACGGUGACACUGCAAACAAGGUUGGAACAUACGCUCUGUCUGUGUUGGCGCAUUAUCAUGGUAUCAAGUUCAUGGUAGCGGCGCCCACGACCUCCAUUGAUCUGCACACCGAGACCGGAGCCGAAAUCAAGAUCGAGGAGCGCAAGCGCGAGGAGCUCACGCAGAUCAGCGGCGCCGUUGUCGCAAAGGACGGCAGCGUCGACACCAGCAGAACAGAACGGGUUGCCAUUGCUGAUCAGAGAAUCGGCGUAUGGAACCCUGCUUUUGAUGUGACACCAGCAGAGUUGAUCGAUGCUAUCGUGACAGAGAAUGGUGUCGUGACAAAGGGAGCAGAUGGCAAGUUCGAUUUUCGGCAUGUCAUGCCGGAACGGUGGGCAGAGGCUGUAGGCCAAUGA